AUGUUGACGAUGUGGGCGGGCACGAGAACUAGCCGCCACGCGUGCUACACACGCGACGCGUUUCGUCGCACUCAGCUGAUUGCUGUCAUGGAGGAAGAGAUGUGCUCGCUCGUUUAUAAACUCGAGCAAAAGUACCUGGACGAUGACGACGCCUACAUGGAUCAAGAUCUCGUGCUCACAAAUUUUACUGGAAGUUCACCAUGUAAAAUGGCCAGUAAACGUGCACUGGAAUUGGUCGUAUUAAACAAUGCCAAUAUAUCACAUUUGGGCGAUGUUACACAGGUGUCAACGCUCAUGCAGCAUGUCGCUGAGGCCGAUCUUGCCUGGAAUAGCAUUCGAUGGGAUUGUGUGGUGGCUCUGCUUAAACAUCUACCACGGCUGCGUACACUAAACCUCAGUUAUAACCCUUUGGAUGGCGAGAUUGCUGUGGAUUUGCCGCCAGCUCCACUAUUACACACAUUGAUUUUGAAUGGGACAAAUCUAUCGCUCAACUCACUAUCGUUAAUAUUGAAAAAUACACCUUCAUUACAAGAAUUACAUCUAUCAGACAAUCAACUCGAUCUAUCAUUGGAGGAUGACCCGUCACCAAUGAAUGAGACAGUGAAGACAAUCCAUUUAAACAGGUGUCGUAUUGAUGACUGGAAUUUAAUCGUUCGUUUGAUGCAUCGAUUUCCCAGCCGUAAGACGGUAUUUCUUUGUGAAAAUCCGAUUAAAAAAGUCGCUCAUCAAACUUCUAACGAUGAACUGACGACCCUGGAAUCGUUGAAUCUUGCCAAGACGGAAAUCUCCGAUUGGGACAGUAUUGAUAAUCUGGAUCGAUUGCCAUCUUUAACGGAUUUACGGGUACUUGCCAUACCAUUACUGGAAUCGUUGUCUGAAGAGGAACGAACCCAUCUGGUCAUUGCACGAGUUCGUAAUCUACGCGUACUAAAUGGGUCAAUCAUUACACCCGAGCAACGGGAGCAAUCGGAACGUUACUUCAUUCGUUAUUAUCAGACGAUAAACCGCAUCAUUACAAGCGUCUCAUCGAAAAACAUGGCAAAUGUGGAACGAUUGGCCAAGGUGGACCUGACGCCGAAAUCCACUGCUCGCGUGCAGGUUCUUUGUGAAGAGACCAACUAUCAAGCAAAGCUUCGCAUCAACCUCAACAAAAGCGUCGGACAACUGAUGAAGUGA